AUGGUCGCUGCUGUUCAGGGCCAGGAGUUGGCCGAAUUCCGGCUGGCCAGUUACUACACCAACAAUAUGGUGUUGCAAAUGGAGCCAAAAAGCGCCGUGAUUUGGGGCUACGGUCAGCCAGACGCCGAAGCCGUCAUUUCCUACGAAAGCAACAGACUGUCGACAACUAUUAAUGCCAACGGCGAGUGGAGCAUAACCCUUCCACCGCAUCCACCCAGCGAGUCCAUCGAUUUCGCUGUUCAACAGAUUAGCAGUUUUGGAAUGGUUACCAUCCCUUUGAAAGCGGCGUUUGGUGACGUUUGGGUUUGCUCGGGACAAAGCAACAUGGCAAUGUCCUUGAACCUGAUUUACAACGCUUCAGAGGAAAUAAACAAAACCAUAGCCGACUACCAGCACUUCCGGCUUCGAAAGGUGUCGCGGAACACCUCUCUAGACAUAGAAUUGGACGAGGCAACCUUCAAUUACGAUUGGACCGCUCCAGAGGAAGAGCGUGUUCCCAAUUUCUCCGCUCUGUGCAUCCUGUUUGCCGAGCGCCUCUCUGACGCUGUGAACGCCGCCUUUCCCAUCGGGCUGAUCGACGCCACCUGGCCUGGCACGAGGAUCGAAGCGUGGUCCUCGAGCAGGGUGUUAGAAUAUUGCAACACGCCGCUCGCCACCAACGAGACCAAUCGCAACGCUGACUCUGCUCUGUGGAACGCGAUGAUCGCUCCGCUGACCAGGACGUCAGUCAAGGGAGCAAUUUGGCUUCAAGGCGAGCAAAAUAUCGACUACAAUGAGGAUUAUUACGCCUGCCACAUUCUGGCUCUGGUCAACGAUUGGAAACGGACUUUUUUCCAAGGGGAAGUGGCUGGUGAAAAUGGAGUUGCAUUUCCUUUUGGAGUUGUUCAGAAUGGUCCAGUCUGGAUCAAUUACAACUACAAAUGGGGAGACAUCAGGUGGCACCAGACCGUGGAUUUGGGCGUUCUUCCCAAUGCUCUUCUACCCGACGCGUUCACUGCUGCCUCUUACGACCUCACUGACCAUCUGUCACCGACAGGAAGCAUACACCCCCGCGACAAACAAUCCGUGGCGGACAGACUAGCAAAUGCUGCAAGGAGACUGAUUUAUAACGAAAACCUCAGUUUAUACGGGCCUGUUCCUGUGAGUGUUGAUCAAUUGGCUGCAGACUCGCGAACGAUCACUUACGACAGAAACGUCAAGCUGGUCGGCGCGGCGGGCUUUGCUUUCCAACUGCCAGAUGGGAAUUAUGAACUGAGCGACGUGAUCGCAAGCACCGCCAACUCGGUCACCGUCGCGGUGAACUCGACUGCCGUGCAAUUGCUCUACGCCUUCAGCUCCUACGUCUGCGAGUACAAGCAGUGUGCGGUUUACAGCGAUGACUUCGAAAAUUUGCCUGCUCAAGCGUGGAAGUGGGAUUUAUAGCCAAACAGAUGAAACGAAUUUGAACGACAACCUUGAGACAUUGGUUCUGCAGAACAUAUUAUUAAAUUAAAAUUGUUGAUAU